UGCCACAUCUUCCACUAAAUGAUAAAGCCACUUCAAGCUGCGGAGUCCAAGCUGAAACAUACACGUUCAAGUGUUUAUAGACCCAAAACGGCUUUUCUUUAUUGUUUUCACUUGAAGCAACUCAGGAUCACUGAGUUGUUUUUUCAUCAAACCGCCGCAAGUUGACGCGCAAGUUAAGCUGCCUGGAACAUCAUAAAGUGGGAAUGUGCAACUGAAUAAAGUGGACUGUCUUCCAACAGAAAGACCAAAAGGCAGACCUGUAAAAAGGAGCAAAGGAAGCAGAGCAGUCUUUGGCGUGGGGAGCAACAGUGCAGGUUGAGUAGAGAUAGCGAGAAGAGAAGGUCGAAACGCCAGCUCGGCUGUCUGCCUUCAAGUGCUGCAUAAUGGGGAAACAGAACAGUAAGCUGCGGCCUGAGGUCCUGAACGACCUGAGGGAGAACACGGAGUUCACAGACCACGAGCUCCAGGAGUGGUACCGUGGCUUCCUGAAGGACUGUCCCACUGGCCACCUGACUGUGGAAGAGUUCAAGAAGAUCUACGCAAACUUCUUCCCUUAUGGAGACGCCUCAAAGUUUGCAGAGCACGUAUUUCGCACCUUCGACACAAAUGGUGACGCCACCAUUGACUUUCGGGAGUUCAUCAUAGCACUGAGUGUGACGUCGCGUGGGGGACUGGAGCAGAAGCUGCGCUGGGCCUUCAGCAUGUACGAUCUGGACGGGAACGGUUACAUCAGUCGAGCGGAAAUGCUGGAGAUAGUUCAGGCAAUUUACAAGAUGGUGUCAUCAGUAAUGAAGAUGCCAGAGGAUGAGUCGACACCAGAGAAAAGGACGGAUAAGAUCUUUAGGCAGAUGGACAUUGACAAUGACGGUAGAUUGUCUUUGGAGGAAUUCAUUAAAGGUGCCAAGAGCGACCCGUCCAUCGUCAGACUGCUGCAGUCAGAUCAGGGAACCUCUCAUCAGUUUUGAGGACAUGCAGAGAAAACUACUCUGCUGCAUGAGGAUAGCAACAUAAAUCCAGCUUCAUACUGUUCCUUAACCCCCCCCCCCCCCCCAAAUCCCUUUCAGCUAACACUUGCUUACAUUGAUGUACCCCUUAAAAAUGCAUCUUCUCUCUGGAGCUUUGAGUUAAAAGUAAUCUGUGCUUUACCCAAAACUAUUCCCUCUUUAGCCGUUUCAGUUAAACGUGCCAUAUCUUAAGUUUAUGUGGACUGGAUUCAAAGCUUAGUGUUACAGUUAUCAUAUUACAAAUAAAAGGAAACUAAUUAAAUGACUAGUAUUUGAUUCAGCUGUGGUUUAUGUGUUAGGAUGUUAACAGAAGCUUAAAAAGUAUUUUUGAAUAAGUUCUGUAUGCCUUGAUAUAGCAUUGGCUCAGUUAUGUGUAUUUUUUGAUGUUGUGAGUAUACUGUAUGUGCAUAAGAAGGCAGGGACUGAUUGUUUUUAUUCAUUUUUUUUAUUUUUGUAACAAAAAUGUCCUUUUGUUUUCACACAAUUGAAAUAAAGUCGUGUAAGAAAAUCUA